AUGACGAAGAUACGGUUCAUUUUGGGCAUAAUUACUUUGCUGUCUAUGACAGCGCAUGCGGUGUCUGUUGUGGGCCAAGACAUACGUGCGGCCAAAAGACAGCAGUUGGGAGAUCGGCUUGUCUUUGCUCACUUUAUGAUUGGAAUCGUCAGUGAUAGAAGGAGUCCUGCAGACUUUGACGAUGACAUGAAGCGUGCUAAGUCUCUAGGGAUCGAUGCAUUUGCUCUUAACAUUGGCGUAGACCCCUAUACUGAUCAAGAACUUCAACUGGCAUACGAUUCAGCUGCCAACAAUGACAUGAAAGUCUUCUUGUCGUUUGAUUUCAACUGGUGGCAUAUUAAUCAGGCUACCGCAGUUGGCCAGAAAAUUGCACAGUAUGCUAGCAAGCCAGCACAACUUAUGGUGGACAACAAAGUGUUUGUUUCAUCAUUUGCCGGGGAUGGAAUCAAUGUUGCGGAACUGCGAGCUGCAGCUGGAAGACCCAUCUUUUUCGCACCUAAUUUCCACCCAGCUAUGGGGACGGAUAUUUCGACAGUUGACGGCCUCUUGAAUUGGAUGGCAUGGCCAAACAACGGAGACAAUAAAGCGCCAACUCCAGGUCACAAUGUUUCUGUGGCCGAUGGAGAUCGAGAAUAUGUCAACGCCCUAGGUGGAAAAGCUUAUGUUGCUCGUCAUUCUGACUGUGAAGCAGCUGUAUCCCCGUGGUUCUUCACGCAUUUCGGACCUGAAGUUUCUUAUAGCAAGAAUUGGAACUUCCCAUCUGAUCUCCUAUGGUUCAACAGGUGGAACGAGAUACUUGCGUUGAAACCUCGAUUCAUCGAGAUUGUGACAUGGAAUGACUAUGGAGAGUCUCACUACAUUGGUCCUUUGAAAUCACCACAUACUGAUGACGGGGCCUCGAAAUGGGUCAAUGACAUGCCCCACGACGGAUGGCUGGACAUUUCAAAACCAUACAUCGCUGCAUUCAAGGCAGGGGAGUCAGCUCCCACAAAUCAUAUCUCAUCCGAUGAGUUAGUCUACUGGUAUAGACCUGCACCACGUGGCGUGGACUGCGACGCUACAGAUAUUUGCAUGGUACCAGCAAACAAUGGCAGUGGAAACUAUUUCAUAGGCCGUCCAGACGGCUGGCAGUCUAUGGCAGAUUCUGUGUUUGUCGUAUCAUUGCUUACAUCCCCAGCCACAGUGCAAGUCAACAGCGGCGGAAACAUCUACAAUUAUGAAGCACCAGCCGGUGCAAGUGCACAGGAGGUGCCGAUGGGAGUUGGCUCACAAAGCUUCGCCGUCGUUCGCAAUGGGCAGACUAUUCUGUCAGGGACCAGUCUGAAGCAGAUUAUAGACGGGUGCGUGUGCGGUUUAUAUAACUUCAACGCCUAUGUCGGAACCCUUCCAGCAGGAUUCAGUGAUCCCAUGCAGCCCGAUGGGCUCGCUGCAUUUAGAUCUGGCCUGCGUGUUAGCACAUGCCAACCGACCCCCUCAUUAGGUACAGUUCCCCCAGCUCCCCCAUCUACAAGUCCGGGCACCACCUUGCCAAGUCCUCCUCCGACUACACCACCAACACCCCCUGGACAAUGUUCGACUGUCGUGAGCACGGUUACAGUUACUAAGACUCUAACCCCGUCAGGCUGUCCUCCUCCAAAUGGUGGUGGAGAUGAUAGCGGCGGAGGGGGUGGCGGUGGUGGAAGUGGUACCGGUGGAGAUGGAGGUGACGGCACCUGUAUUGCGGGAACUGGAGCGAAUAACUACAUUGGUUUGUGCGCCUUUUGUUGCAACUAUGGUUAUUGUCCACCGGGGCCCUGCACUUGUACGCAGUAUGGGAAUCCAGUGCCGCCUCCACCAUCGACGGGAGCGCAUGGGGCACCUCUUGUCGGCGAGGAUGAUUCGUAUCUAGGUCUUUGCAGUUUUGCGUGUGACCAUGGAUAUUGCCCCCCUACAGCCUGCAGGGUUGUUUGA